AAGAAAGAAAGGGCUAUUCUAUUCAACCAGAAAAAAAAAAAAAAAGAAGAAGAAGAAAGAAAAAAAAUGGAUGUAGAGAAAGUCUUCCACAUGACUGGCGGAGUUGGCAAAACUAGCUAUGCCAAGAAUUCCUCACUACAGAAGAAGGCAUGUGAUAAGGUGAAGCACAUAAUUUUAGAAGCCGUUGAGGAGGUUUACCUUGCAACAACUCCAAAGAGCAUAGGCAUUGCUGACUUGGGUUGUUCAUCUGGUCCCAACACUCUCUCAAUAAUCAAGGACAUAUUUCAAGCAAUUCAAAGCAUAAGCCACAAGAUCAUGAUGCACCGCCGCCACCAUCCCCACCACCUUAUCUCGGAUGAGUUCAGGGUUUACCUAAAUGAUCUCCCAACCAAUGACUUCAACUCAAUUUUCAAGGCCUUGCCUGAGUUCCACAGGCUUCUUAGGCAAGACAAGAAUAAAGAUAAUAAUGAUGGGUUGAUACCUUCCAUUUUCAUGGGAGGUUACCCUGGCUCUUUUUAUGGAAGACUGUUCCCAAACAGUUCUUUGCACUUUGUCCACUCCUCCUACAGUUUACACUGGCUUUCAAGGGUUCCACCAGCACUAUAUGACAAGGAGGGAAAUUCAUUGAACAAAGGGUGUGUAUACAUUUCAGAGUCAAGCCCUGAAGUGGUUCAAAAAGCAUACUUGAAUCAGUUCCAACAGGAUUUUUCAUUGUUCUUAAGAUCAAGGUCUGAAGAACUAGUUGUGGAUGGGAGGAUGGUACUCAUAUUUCUGGGAAGGAGAGGCACAGAACAUGUUGAUAAAGGCAACUCUUUCUUCUGGCAGAUUCUUUCUCGUUCAUUUGCUAUUCUUGUCUCACAGGGAGGAAUAGAACAAGAGAAGCUUGAUUCAUAUGAUGUGCAUUUCUAUGCACCUUCAAGGGAAGAAGUAGAAGAGGAGGUUAGAAAACAAGAGUCAAUAAAAUUGGAGAGGCUAGAUACCGUUGAGAUGGAUACAAUUGAACAAGGCAUUGAAAGCUAUGGUACAACGGUUGCAAAGGCGGUGAGAGCCAUCCAAGAAUCAAUGAUCUCAAGCCACUUUGGGGAAAAGAUCUUAGACGCUUUGUUUGAUAAUUUUGCUAGACUUUUGGAUGAUGAAGUGGUCAAGGAGGACAUAAAACCCAUCACUUUUGUUCUGGUUCUUAGAAAAAUAUGAAUAUUUAGAGGGAAAAAGAAAGUUGAAGAAAAGAAAAUAUUCUCAAAGUGUUAUUUAAUUCGCACUACUAACAAGCUACAUUACAUGUGUGUUUUAAAUUUGCAGCCAGUGACCAGUGAGUAUCUAUCUAAUUAUUGUGAUA